AUGGCAGAGCGUGAUUUCGACAUGGAAAGUCGUCAACUCGCAUUGCAGCUACAUAUGGAGGAAAUGGAGUCUUUAAGCCGGCUCCAAAAGGGGAAGCAACGCGAGGGAGACGUCGCCGAUAUUGACGUUGCGAUGGGCAUAUAUAUGCGAGACCUCCAGGACUUCGUUGGGCUGGACUCAGACCAGCCCAUGUACCGCACCAGGGCCCACGCUGUCAACCGCGAGGCCGACCUUGUCAAGUCUAUUAUGGCUGAGGAACAACAGGCCAAGCGCGACCGUGACUUGGCACAGGCCCUGAGCGGAGACCACCCUUACUGGAGCGGUGCCAACGCUGGGCCAUCUUUCGAUGAGGACGAACCUCUCGAUGCUGGAUUUUACCGCAGGCUUGAGGCGCUCAGAUUGGCGCCUGACCACUCAAGGGGAGAAUCAUCGGCUCAGGGCGCGGCCAGAGGUCUCGCCAGCGGUGGCGGAGGCACCAGGACUGGGACGGGGCAAUGCACGGCCUGCGCAGAAGACCAUGCAGCCUCGGACCUUGCGAGAUGCCCCUGCUCUCACGAGUACUGCCACGAUUGCCUCACCACGCUAUUCGAGCAUGCCACGGUCAACGAGUCGCUGUUCCCGCCGCGCUGCUGCCAGCAGCCGAUCCCCGUCGGCGACCAUCUCGACAUCCUCGGCUCGGCGCUCGUCAACAAAUUCAGGGCUAAGGAGGCGGAGCUGAGCACGCCCAACCGGACGUACUGCCAUUUCCCCGACUGCUCUGCGUUUGUGCCUCCGCAGUCCAUAAAAAAUGGCGUUGCCUACUGCGUCCGGUGUCAUGGACAGACAUGCGUGACGUGCAAAGGACAGCGUCAUGCAACGGACACGGAGUGCCCGCAGGAUGAGGCGACAAAAGACGUGCUCCGCCUGGGCCAGGAAAAUGGAUGGAAGCGCUGCUACAACUGUCAUCGCAUGGUGGAGUUGGAUUUCGGCUGUAACCAUAUGAGGUGCAUAUGCCAAGCCGAGUUCUGCGAUGCCUGCGGACAGCGUUGGAGAACCUGCUCCUGCCCGAUGUGGCAAGAAAACAACCUUGCCGCCCGGGCCGAACAAGUCGCAGAUCGAGACGCCAACAAUCGACAGCUGCAGGGCGACAGACGUGUCGAGGUCGUUGAGCGGGCGGCGGCGAAUCUUGCUGACGACGGCGACAACUACAACGACGAUUACAACAACUAUCACGACUGGGAAGCUCGAAUUGGAGACGGCGCUUACCGGCAAUGCCGGUACAAUCGCCUUUGA